UUGUGAUGAAGCAGCUAACAGCUAACAGCUAAGUUUGAAUAUUUCUCUCCUGCAGGUCCAGACGUCAUCAUGAGUCCCAAACAGGUCGUCUUCAAGAAGGUUUCCAAGGACAAGGCGGUAACCAUCUACAUGGCCAAGAGAGACUUUGUGGACCAUGUUGACUUCGUGGAUCCAGUCGACGGCGUCAUCAUGAUCGACCCGACGCAGCUGAAAGGAAAGAAAGUGUACGUGAUGCUGUCCUGCUCGUUCCGCUACGGCCGGCAGGACCAGGACGUGAUGGGCGCUUCCUUCCGGAGGGAUCUGUUCGUGGUGACUCGGCAGGUUUACCCGGAACUGCAGGACAAGUCGCAGCUGACGCACAGCAAGGGGCAGAAGAAGCUGCUGGACAAGCUGGGGGCGAACGCUUACCCCUUCUACCUGGAGUUUCCAGACAACCUGCCGUGUUCCAUCAGCCUGCAGCCUGGACCUACUGAUGAGGGGAAGAAAUGUGCCGUGGAGUUUGAGGUUAAAGCUUUUACCGGAGAGAAUCGGGACGAGAAGAUCGACAAACAGUGAGUGUUACC